GUGAUUGGAGAAUAGGUUGGGGGAGUCAGAUAACGUUCACACGACAGACACGCAAUGAUUCAAUGAAAACUACAGACAUUUCUAGCUUCGUUGGUCGAAUUCAUGUGAUAUCUGCUGUUAACGCAUGACAAAUUGGGUGACUGAGCGAGCGACAGAUGAGUGACAGCACGGACACCCAGCUUUUUCACCUGGUGGACAUCUGAACUCUGGAAGAGUGAGGUGUGUGAGGAAGAUGCUGGGCUCAGAGCAGGGAGGAGUGGUGGAGGAAUGGUUGUCAGAAUUCAAGACUCUACCAGAAACCCACAUCUCCACCUAUGCAGGCAGCCUUCACCUGAAGAAGUCUCUGGUGCCAGCUCUCUACAGAGUCAUCCAGGACAGCAGCAGUGAGCUCCUUGAGCCUGUCUGUCACCAGCUGUUUGAGAUGUACCGGAGCUCUGAGGACCGCCUGAGACGCUUCACACUGCAGUUCCUUCCAGAGCUGGUCUGGGUGUACCUCCGCAUCACCGCCAGCAGGGACCGCCAGAGCAACGGCUGCAUAGAGGCCUUGCUGCUGGGCAUAUACAACCUGGAGAUUGUGGACAAAGAUGGGAACAGCAAGCUCCUGUCGUUCACCAUCCCCUCCCUGUCCAAGCCCUCUGUGUAUCACGAGCCCUCCAGUCUGGGCUCCAUGGGUCUGACCGAGGGAGCUCUGAGUCAUCAUGACCUCAUCAGGGUCGUCUACAGCGGGCUGCACCCUCAGAGAGAAACUUUCACUGCCCAGAACAGGUUUGAAGUGCUGUGUUUCCUCAUGUUGUGCUACAACUCUGCUGUGGUCUACAUGCCUCUCUCCUCCUACCAGUCUGUCUGCAGGAUGAGCUCACGGUUGUGUGUAUGUGGUUUCCCGCAGCAGCAGCAGAAAGUGUGGAGAGAGCCGUGUAACCGUGUGGUUCUGGACCCAGAGUUCAUGGUCCAGAUGCUUACCGCUGUGUACCAUGCCAUAUAUAAUGGCGAGUGGGAGAUGGGGAAGGAAGCUCUGGAAGACAUCCUCUACAGAGCUCAGCUGGAACUCUACUCUCAGCCCCUACUGCUGGGUAACGCUAUGAAGAGUUCCCUGCCAGACAACGCUCCAGACGAGACGCGAGGCAGGAAGGUCCUUCAGGUGGAGGUCACUCCAACCGUCAGUCGCAUCUCCCGCUCCGCCAUCACUGCCGCAUCCAUCAGACGACACCGCUGGAAGAGGGAGGAUGCUGAUGGGAUGAGUGUAGGUGAGGAGUCAUUCAACCUCAACGACCCAGACGAGGGUUUCUCCUCAGGGGCUUCCAACAGCAGCCAGCCCAGCGCCACCAAGCCUGGGGGCCCCGGGCCCCGGGGGGGUAGUCAGAAGAGCAGCAGCGUCAAGAAGACUGUCACUGCCAGACUGUCCCGAGAGAGAGAGCGGGAGCUGAUGCAUAGGGAGAAGGAGAUGGAGAAGAUGAAAGACCAGGAGAGAGCGAGGGAGAAGGAGAGAGAGCUGGAGAGAUGGAGGGAGAAGGAGAGGCAGAGAGAGAGGGUGGCGGAGAGUCGCAGGGAGCUGUUCUCCGCCGUGGUGGCCACUCCCACAGCAGCUCUGAGACGACGUCAGCAAACACAGACCCCUUCCCCUGCUCCUCCCCCCGUCACCAUGGACACCAUCGACAUCGAGCUCAGCCCAAUCAAGAAGCAGCAGUCCUUCCCUGGCCCCUGCCCCAGCCCCUCCCCCGGCACACUGGUCCGAACAGCCAGCUCCGCCUCCUCCAAGUCGUUGUAUGAAGGUGUGAACAUGAACCUGAACGGCAGCAUUAGCAGCCUGGGGAGGGCUCUGGGAGGUUCUGGGGGGCUGGAGGGGGCUCUGGGAGGGCUGGGUGCCAGCGUGGGGGGAGGAGGGACCCACCGCUACUCCACCAUCAGCCUGCAGGAGGAGGUGCUGGCCCGGCCUGAGGAGAACCAGGAGCUACUCUCCUCGGGAGCGCCCCUCACCAAGCAGUCCCGCUCCCCCAGCUUCAACAUGCAGAUCAUAUCACAGGUGUAGCCUAGCCUGGUGGGGUUGGCGGGGGGGCCUGGCAGGGCGGGAACUGGUGUGGAGGUAGACUCGCGCACACACAUAUAGACACACAAAUUAAUACAUGCAUAUAUAUACAGGUGUGUGUGUAUAUAUAUAUAUAUAUAUAUGUAUAUAUAUAUAUAUAUAUAUAUAUAUAACACACACACACACACACACACAUCUCACACCCAGCAGUCGGUCUCUGUUUCCUAUUGUUCCGACUGGAACCCCACCCCGUUUGGCUGAAGCCCACCCCCUGUAUGGCUGAAGCCCACCCCCUGUAUGGCUGAAGCCCACCCCCUGUUUGGUUGAAUGGCCACUAAGCCCAGGGUCUUCUACCCUGUAGAGAGCGAGACUAAUGUUUUGACAAAUAGCAGAGGGCUUUUGUCUUCGUGUUCAAUUGUAUACAUAGUCAAUCUAUUUGAAACUUAACUGAGAAUGGGAGUGUAUAGUCAGUCAUCUGACCAGACUUCCACUACCUAGAGUUAGGGUUCUGUCCUACUGCUAUCCUGGGUCUGGGUCUCCCUGAAGGAACACACCAUUCCACCUCUGACAGACAAAGCCACAAACACACCAUUCCACCUCUGUGACAGGCAGAGACCCACAGAAACACACCAUUCCACCUCUGUGACAGGCAGAGACCCACAGAAACACACCAUUCCACCUCUGUGACAGGCAGAGACCCACAGAAACACACCAUUCCACCUCUGUGAUAGGCAGAGACCCACAGAAACACACCAUUCCACCUCUGUGACAGGCAGAGACCCACAGAAACACACCAUUCCACCUCUGUGACAGGCAGAGACCCACAGAAACACACCAUUCCACCUCUGUGACAGGCAGAGACCCACAGAAACAUACCAUUAGACAGGAGUAGGACAACACCCCAUUAGACAGCAGCAGGACAACACCAUUAGACAGCAGUAGGACAACACACCAUUAGACAGCAGUAGGACAACACACCAUUAGACAGCAGUAGGACAACACACCAUUAGACAGCAGCAGGACAACACCAUUAGACAGCAGCAGGACAACACCAUUAGACAGCAGUAGGACAACACCAUUAGACAGCAGCAGGACAACACCAUUAGACAGCAGUAGGACAACACCAUUAGACAGCAGUAGGACAACACACCAUUAGACAGCAGUAGGGCAACACACCAUUAGACAGCAGUAGGACAACACACCAUUAGACAGCAGUAGGGCAACACACCAUUAGACAGCAGUAGGACAACACACCAUUAGACAGCAGUAGGACAACACACCAUUAGACAGCAGUAGGACAACACACCAUUAGACAGCAGUAGGACAACACACCAUUAGACAGCAGUAGGGCAACACCAUUAGACAGCAGCAGGACAACACCAUUAGACAGCAGCAGGACAACACCAUUAGACAGCAGUAGGACAACACACCAUUAGACAGCAGCAGGACAACACCAUUAGACAGCAGCAGGACGACACACCAUUAGACAGCAGCAGGACGACACACCAUUAGACAGCAGCAGGACGACACACCAUUAGACAGCAGUAGGACGACACACCAUUAGACAGCAGUAGGACAACACCAUCACACAGCAGUAGGACAACACACCAUUAGACAGCAGUAGGGCAACACCAUUAGACAGCAGUAGGGCAACACCAUUAGACAGCAGUAGGGCAACACCAUUAGACAGCAGUAGGACAACACCAUUAGACAGCAGUAGGGCAACACACUUAGCAGCAGGGAAACACCAUUAGACAGCAGCAGGACAACACCAUUAGACAGCAGCAGGACAACACCAUUAGACAGCAGCAGGACAACACACCAUUAGACAGCAGCAGGACAACACACCAUUAGACAGCAGCAGGACAACACACCAUUAGACAGCAGCAGGACAACACACCAUUAGACAGCAGCAGGACAACACACCAUUAGACAGCAGUAGGACAACACACCAUUAGACAGCAGUAGGACAACACACCAUUAGACAGCAGUAGGACAACACACCAUUAGACAGCAGUAGGACAACACACCAUUAGACAGCAGUAGGACAACACACCAUUAGACAGCAGUAGGACAACACACCAUUAGACAGCAACACACCAUUAGACAGCAGCAGGACAACACCAUUAGACAGCAGCAGGACAACACCAUUAGACAGCAGCA